AUGCCAAGAUUCAAAGAAGGUCGAACUUGGAACUUACUCAACGACGUACCAGCAAACUUCGUUCGACUCGUGAAAGAAGUCCUUUCGUUAGGACAGAAGAUCGUCUCAGAAAGGCAAGCCAUCCACUUCCUCCGCCGAUGUUUACGAUGUCACGUGAUACCUAACUUUAUCACAAAGAAACACCUACACGAAACAUGCGGACUCGGAAAAGAAAGCCGGCAACUGCAAGAGAUCGAAACCCGCAUCUUGAGAGCGGCAUUGAAGACCAAACAAGACCAUAUGUUUUCUAUGCUGACCAAAUGUGUGUUCAAAGAACAGUGUUGUCAACGCUUGGUGCCGGACGUUCUUUGGAGGAGAAUCGUGGGUGAGUCAAAGAACAUAUGUGAUUCUAUUCGCUCCAAGGCCAAGUCAAGGCUGCAGGAGAAAUUUGGCAAACUGCUAGAUCAUAGGCAAGGUCAGAGAUCGCAGUUAUCAGUCAGCACUAACCAUUCGAGCCCAAACCACCAAAACUCGAACACCGCGCCAGAAAAUGCACCCUUUCCACCUCGUGUGUCACUUAUAGGUGAUGUAUUUCUUUCUAAGAAUGCGCUUUCAGUUUUGGACUUAGGCCCCAGUUUCGCUCCAUCUCAAUCAAUACGCCCCGUGAUAUCGCGCAAGAUAGUGGGCAGCCUGCAAUUGGUUCAUGAACGUCUGCGAUUGAGAGUUAAAGAGGAAGAGCAAGACAGAGUGCAAGAAACCUCUAGAGUUCGAGUUUCCCCUCCUAUCCCUUUUCCUACAUUAGUGUACAAGCCACAGGAGGCAAAUUCGGUGGUAGACACUAAGUUUCGCUUAUUUGCUACUUCGGUUUUCUCAAUUCUCUCCCGGUACUCAUACAAACGCGCUUUUGAAAAUCUAACACCCACACAACGCAAAGGUUUGUGCGAACUACGUGACAUCUGCGCUGAGGGGAAGAUCAAAAUCUCGGUCAGUGAUAAAGGAGGAGAAUUUGUAGUGAUUUCAAGUGAACUGGACAGGGCUAUAACAAAACUUCACCUUACGGACGAUAGUCUAUACCAUCCUUCAUCGGUACAUGAAUUUGGCAGACAAUAUCGCCGCCUGAAUAGGAUAUGGAUAGAGACCGCAAAAUCAGUAGGCUUACCAAAAACAACUAUCACGCGUCUAAAAUGUGAUCGGCCCACCUGCCCGGUCCUUUAUGUCCUCAUCAAGACCCACAAGCUUUCCGCUGCCGAAUUUAGUUCAAACAACCCAGGGGAUUUCAAGGUUAGACCUAUCAUUAGCAAUAUUGGAGGUCCCACCGACAGAAUAUCCUGGUUCCUUAACACUAUUCUCAGCCAGCUACUCCAGUACGUUCCAGCUCAUCUCUCAAACACAAAAAUGUUCAUAGAGCACCUCCGCAAAGCGCGCCUUGAUGGAGAUUGUGUCAUCGAAUCUUUCGAUGUCACUUCGCUCUACACCAACGUCUCCAUCGAUGCUGCACUACAAGCAACAUCAGAGCUGCUUCUCGAACACCAGGGAACUCUUAACAUGUAUGGUUUUGCGAUACAGCAAAUAAUGAUGCUGCUGAACGAAUGUUUGAGAUGUUCCGUAUUUCGCUGGUCUGGGCAAUACUAUAGGCAGAUUAGGGGCAUGGCCAUGGGACAAAGACUUGCGCCUACAUUAGCCGUUGCUUUCAUGUCUAAAGUGGAAAAACCCCUACUGGAACGCAAACCGUUAUUGUACUGCCGAUACAUAGAUGAUUGUUGCAUUGUAUGUCCAACACAAGCUGAAAUGGACUCUUGCUACGAUCUCUUAAAUAAACAAUCCCAGUACAUAAAGUUCACGAGGGAAAAACGUAAAGACAACUGGCUGUCGUUUCUCAAUGUCCAGACAGCGGCAACGGUUUCAUCUGAAGCUCAAGGGCGCAUUGCCUCCAUAAACAUGGCUAACCGCAUUGCUCAGUCCAAUGGGUACCCAGCAAAAGUCUCUCAUUCAAAUAGGAGCCAUGCAACUCAGCGGCGGUGCCACAGGGUAGAACAAGCAACAAAGAUCCCUUUCUGCCUUCCUUUUAUUUCGGAUGACAUGAGCAAUGCAGUGCGAGCAAGCUUACGACAGGCGGGUCUGCAAGACUCAGUCAGAGUAGUGGACAUACCACCUGUAAACCUGAAGCAGCAACUAGUCCGCAAUCGCGCAUAUGACAGACUUUGUGAGACACCGAAUUGCAUCGUUAGUCCAAACGGGAGGCAGGGUGAUUGCGUGGUAUCGGGGGUUAUCUACCUAAUCACCUGUCAGUUAUGUGGGGCUGAGUACAUUGGCGAAACAGGAAGAUCACUAUGUAUCCGCGUCAAGGAGCACCUAGACGGGCUCGUAAAAUCAAAAACAUCAUCCCCUUUAGGUGCUCAUCGCAGACAGUGUCAUCACAACACCCCUUUCAAGAUAGCUGUCACUAUCUUGGCACGCGAAUCAGACGUUCUAGCGCGAAAAACAUUGGAAGCGUUUUAUAUCACGGCCAAAAGUCCUAUCAUGAAUCGUAAAGAAGAAUGCAUCGCUGUGACCAACGAGCUGGCGCCAUAUCAGGACCUUGGCGGGUUUUGA